GCCUUCUCCUCCUCCUCCCCCCCUUUCCCCGCCCCCUCCUCGGACGCGGGGCAACCAUGGCGGCUACUUGGGAAGAGAUCCUGAAGUUGUCCCAGCAGUUCCAAUCCGCCCAGUUCGCCCAGGCUACGCAGAGACUGUCGGAACGUAAUUGCAUAGAGAUCGUUUCUAAGUUGAUUGCUGAAAAACAGCUGGAAGUGGUGCAUACUCUUGAUGGAAAAGAGUAUAUUACUCCUGCACAGAUUAGCAGAGAGAUACGUGAUGAACUUCAUGUUCAUGGUGGUCGUGUAAACAUUGUUGAUUUGCAACAGGUAGUAAAUGUAGAUCUGCUCCAUAUUGAAAACCGAGCUAAUGACCUUGUCAAAUCAGACCGAACAGUUCAACUAGUAUUGGGGCAGCUUAUAGAUGAGAAUUACCUGGAUCAGAUAGCAGAAGAAACAAAUGAUAAGUUACAGGAAUCUGGGCAAGUGAAAGUAUCUGAUUUGUGCAAGGCAUAUGAUCUUCCUGGAGAUUUCUUGAAGCAGGCAUUUUCCAUCCGCCUGGGCAAAAUUAUCCAUGGGAAAAUUGAUCAGGACAACCGAGGGGUGAUUUUCACAGAUGCAUUUGUCACACGGCAUCGGGCCCGUAUCCGUGGUCUGUUCACUGCCAUUACCAGACCUACACCAAUAAUUAACCUAAUAACUCGGCAUGGAUUUCAGGAGCAUCUGCUUUACUCUAUGCUGGAAGAACUUGUUAGUACUGGACGUUUGAAAGGCACAGUGGUUGGUGGAAGGCAAGAUAAGGCUGUGUUUAUCCCUGACAUCUACUCCAGAACACAGAGCAACUGGGUGGAUUCAUUUUUCAAGCAAAAUGGUUAUUUAGAAUUUGAUGCAUUGUCCAGACUUGGCAUCCCAGACCCUGUGAACUACAUAAAGAAAAGGUACAAGUCCUUGCAGCUCUUGUUUCUGAAAUCAUCUUGUGUUGGUCAGGAAAUUGUGGAUCAAGUGGAGGCCUCCGUGGAUGAAGCCAUCAGCUCUGGGACGUGGGUGGAUAUAGCGCCUCUUCUUCCAAGUUCAUUCUCCGUAGAAGAUGCCAGCAUGUUGCUCCAGCAAGUGAUGAGAUCCUUCAGUAAACAACCUUCAACUCUGGUCUUUGGUGACACUAAUGUAGUCAGUGAGAAAUUUAUCAACAGCUGUGCCGAUUUGUUUAGUGACCUGAUGCACCAGAAAGCUGAAAAGGAGAUGAAAAAUAACCCUGUGCACUUAAUCACAGAAGAGGACCUGAAGCAGUCUGCAUUUGUAGAAAAUGCUUCUUCAAGUAAAAAAGACAAGAAAGAUGAAAGAAGAAAGAAAGCAGCAGAGGGCACUGGAAGUGUGAAAAGUAGCGGAGGAGGAAAUGCCAGAGAAUUUAAGAUCAAGAAAGCCAAGAAGAAGGGCAGAAAAGACGCUGACAGUGAUGAGGAAUCACAAACAAGCAGCUCAAAUAAGAGCAAGCACCUGGAGAUCCCUUUUCUGUCACCAGAAGAGAUUGAGGAUGUUUUAAGAAAACAUGUAAGGGACUGUCCUGAAGAGCUUAUAACAGAACUCGCUGACCAUCUAAUAAGGCCCUUGACCAAGAGUUAUCAGGAAGUUGUGCGUUCAGUAUUUAUGUCCUCCACUUCUACUUACUCUGGAGCUAGCAGGAAAAAGACCAUCAAGGACUUGCAGGAAGAGGUUUCCACCCUCUAUAAUAAUAUCCGUUUAUUUGAAAAAGGAGCAAAGCAUUUUACAGAUGAGACUCAAAGUAACAUUGCCAAGCACAUGCUGAAGACGUUUUGCACUGACAUCACUAACCUCAUCUUCAACUGCCUAGCUGCUGAUCAGAUGAUGGCAGCAGAAGACUACACUGCCAUUACCACCGAGAUGAGGAAAAAGAUUUUGAGUACUUUAUCUGAAGAGACAAGAGGUCCUUUAACAAAACUCCACAUUUCUCUGAAUGGCAAGAGUUUAGAAGAGUUUGUUGCCUGCCUCGAUGCUGCUGCAGAAGCUUGUGAUAUUAUGGUGAAAAAGGGUGAUAAGAAGAAAGAAAGGCAAAUCCUGUUCCAACACAGACAAGCUCUGAUUGAACAGCUGAAAGUCACAGAAGAUCCAGCUCUCGUUCUUCACCUGACAUCAGUCUUGCUGUUCCAGUUCUCAACACACUGCAUGCUUCAUGCACCCGGAAGAUGUGUGCCACAGAUCAUUACUUUCUUAAGUACAAAGAUCCCAGAGGAUCAGCAUUCUCUUCUUGUCAAAUACCAGGGGUUAGUAGUGAAACAGCUGAUAAGUCAAAAUAAGAAGAUUGGGCAAGGGGAUGACGACUCAGUGGAUAACAACCUGAAUGCAGAAGAAAGCAUAGAGGCAAUCCGGAAAGAACUCCAGGAGCUGGCUGCCUCUGUCAAAGACCUUGUUCUCAGGCCCAGAAAAUCUUCUGUAACAGAGGAAUGAUAAUCUUAAUAAAACUCACUCAGGAUGUUCAAA